UUCUCGCCUCCUCACUAAUGAAUGCCAUCUCACCUGCUCUCUCUCUCUCUCUCUCUCUCUCUCCCUCAGCAGCUCAGCUAAUCCAAUCAUCAGCCUCCCUCGCUCGCUGCCGCCGUCGCGUCUCGUCUCCGCCAUUCGCUGGCCGCGUCUCCCCGCCCUCCUCCCCGAGAAGCCGCCGCCGCCGCCGCCGCCACCCAGCCCCCCACCCCCUCCGCCUCUCCGCCUUAGCUUGCGGCCACCGCUUGCCUGCUGACCUCCCGUCCGUCACUCUCCGGUAUACAAAUUAUUUGCAGAAGGUACUUGAUGAAAUGAAGUCAACAGUGUUUUCUGCAGUUGUUGUUUCUAUUGGUUAUACAUUACUUGGAUGGGAUUUUGCAACAUUAUUAGAGGCUAAUCUUCAUAUGAAGAAGGAAUUUGAAUUGGAGAAUGGACCUUCUAUUGAGGGCAUAACUGUAGCAGUUUCAGCAUUUGGGGCUAUUGUGAUAACAAUAUUUUCUGGAUCAUUAUUAGAUUGGCUUGGCAGACGUGCCGUAUUGAUUCACUCAUCUCUGCUAUUAUUUUCUGGUGGCCUCCUGAUGCUGUGGUCUCCUAACAUCUACAUUCUACUUGUAGCUAGGCUAAUUGUCGGAUCCGGAAGUGGUUUGGUUUUCACCUGUGUCCCUAUUUAUAUAUCCGAAACAUCUCCUCCAAAUAUGAGGGGAUCACUGGGAACGAUGCCACAGUUCAUGUUUUUUGUAGGAAUUAUCUUUUCCUAUUGCCUGAUAUUCUGGUUCACACUAAUGUCUUCACCCAACUGGAGAAUUAUGAUCGGUGCAAUCUUUGCUCCUUCAGUUCUCUACUUUGCUUUAUUGGUGUUCUACUUGCCAGAGUCACCUAGGUGGCUUGUAAGUGAUGGAAAGAUUAAUGAGGCCAGAGUUUCUCUGCAAUGGCUUAGAGGGAAGCAUGAUGUUUCAGGAGAAAUAGCUCUUAUUGUGGAUGGUAUGGACAUUAUAUCAGAGACAGCCAUUGGCAUUGCUCAGGGUCAAAGUUUCCCUGGAACCAGUGCUAGCCAGAUUUUGCCCCAUAGUACUUUUUAUUGGCACCUUUCAGACCCAUUGGUUGAUCUUCUUGGAAGCAUCCAUGAGAAUAUGUCAGAAGCAGGAAGUAGGCGGAAUAGUUUUUUCCCAGUCUUAAACAGUUUUUCUUUUGGGGAACAUGAACAAAUGAAUGAGCACAGGGAUGAUGUCAGUGAUCAACAGACUAGGGAGGCUUAUUCUGUUGGCGAAGUUAAUAACGGAGAUGGUUUGCGGGCUUCUCUGCUCUCCCAGGCAGCAAGUGUUGAAGUAAAUGAUAUGAAUACAUCUUUUACUUCUGAAGGGAGCUCUUCAUAUUUAAGAAGGCAUGGUACAUCAGCAUUUGCGCAAGAGUUUAUGGCUUCUUUACAUGAUUAUGAUAUUGAAGAAGAAGAAGAGAUCCAUGCAUCAGCAGUGCCUCACCAGCCUGCAUAUCGGGAUGUAGAAAACACAGGGCGACAUCCAUUCAGACAACAAAUGGUGCGGCUAUCUGAAACAGCUGAUAUGAAGUCUAAAUGGCGAGUGCUUCUUCAGCCAGGAGUCAGGCAUGCCUUGUGUUAUGGCAUGUUGAUUCAAGCUCUGCAGCAGUCUGCAGGAAUCAGUGUCCUUCUCCGUUACACACCAGAAAUACUUGAACAGGUUGGAGUGGUUAGUUUGUUUGCAGACAUUGGAUUUUCUCCUCAUUCAACAUCAAUCCUCAUGAGCAUCCUUAAUGCUUUGCUGAUGCUUCCUUGUAUAACUGCUGCAAUGCUUCUGAUGGAUGUCUGUGGAAGAAGGGCUCUUCUGCUGGUCACCACUCCUAUCCUGAUAUUAUCGUUCAGCAUUAUGUCUUUGUCCAACAUGGUGGAGAUGGGAUCGUUGGAGCAUGCCAUCCUCUUCUACCUCACAUUAACCAUUUGCUUCUGUUCAUAUGUCGUUGGUUCGGGACCGAUCCCCAACAUUCUCUGUUCCGAGAUGUUUCCAACCCGGGCCCGUGCAACAUGUGCAAGCAUUUGUUCGCUUUCCUUCUGGUUUGGAGGGCUGCUUUCAGCAUACUGCUUCCCAGUGAUGCUGAGUACGAUCGGGCUUGGUGGAGCAUGCGUGAUCUAUGCUUUCGUGUGCUGCAUUGCUCUUAUUUUCAUCUACUUUAGGAUACCAGAGCCAAAGGGGCUUCCCUUGGAGCUCAUUGCCGAGGUUUUCAAAUUGUCAAGGCAUGAGUAUGUACAGUAGAAUGACUUAAGGUAGCCCAGGCUGAUUGCUUGCUAAUGCAUGUACAUAUGACAAAUGUAGCUUGGAUGUUGUAACUUCUGUGCUAGUUAGGAAGGUGAUAGUGUUUGUAGUAGUUUAUUUUUUGCUUGUGUUUAGAUUGGUCAUAGUGUUUUUCUUCUUUAGAGAACAGGAAAUUUUUCAUUGCAUGAUUUCUUUCUGAAAGCUAAAUUAUACUGCUAAGGUUUACAGAUUGAGUUGCCUGUGGAUAUUCCAAUAA